GUGCUGCAGGCAACCCACAAGCCUGGGGCUGCAUUGAAAAAUUAGGCCGCAUUGAGCGGUGUGUCCCCCAUCCAUGCCAUCUGCUGGUGUGCAGGCAAAAGGAGCGUGUUUUGCUGAUUUCCUGGGGAUGCCAAGUGAGUGCCAGCCCAGCACAGGCAGCACACAGCGGGGACAGAUCAGGACAACCCCAAGCUGCUGCAGGGGCUGGGGCAGCAAUGAGCUGCAGUGUGGGAGUACUUGCAAGCACCACUCCCCUGAGAUUAUGGUCUGGAUUUCCAUCUGACGCCACCACAGGGAGGUUGAGAGCUUUCUGCCAGUGCAUUUAAGCACAGCAGAAUGAGGGAGUGUGGGUGUAAAGGUCGGUGGUGCAAGAGCCGCAGUGAGCUGCCUGGACUUCAGCCUUUAAAUCUGCGGUUAGAGAAACCCAAAGCAAAGUUCAGCCGAAGCCAGAGCAGCGAAGGCACAGCACUGCCCCACAAGUUUCUCACGCACCAGCCCAUUGCCUGCUGCGGGACAUCAUGGUGCAGCGUGUGGCUGUUAUCGGGGCCGGGGUCAGCGGGUUGGCCUCCGUCAAGUGCUGCCUGGAUGAGGGGCUGGAGCCCACCUGCUUCGAGAGGAGCGAGGACAUCGGGGGGGUCUGGCGCUACACGGACUCCACAGAUGGCAGGAGGGUCUGUGUGUACCGCUCGGUCAUCACCAACACCUCCAAGGAGAUGUCCUGCUUCAGUGACUUCCCCUGCCCGGACGAUUUCCCCAGUUUCCUACCCCACAGCCUCCUCCUGGAGUACUUUCGGAUGUACGCCCAGCACUUCAACCUUCUGCAGCACAUACGCUUCAAGACAACAGCUCUCAGUGUGAGGAAGCGCCCGGAUUUCGCCACCUCAGGCCAGUGGGAGGUGGUCACUGAAACUGAUGGCAUCCAGGAGUCGCAUGUCUUUGAUGCUGUCAUGGUUUGCACUGGCCAUUACCAGGAGCCCUACUUGCCAUUGGCUUGUUUCCCAGGUAUCGACACUUGCUUUAAAGGCCAGUACCUCCACAGCCAGGCAUACAGAAACAUGGAGGCUUUCCAGGGAAAGCGGGUCCUUGUGGUUGGCAUUGGCAACACCGGCGGCGACCUCUCAGUGGAGCUGAGCCGCGUGGCUGCAAAGGUGUUCCUCAGUGCCAAGAGCAGCACAUGGGUCUUCAGCCGGGUCUCGGAUCAUGGCUUCCCCUUCGACAUGGUCAACACCACACGCUUAAACCACUUUCUUGGCUGGCUUCUCCCAUCAGCCCUUAUGAAGAAGAUCAUGUUUCGGAAGUUCAAUUCAUGGUUUAACCACAAGAACUAUGGCUUGGCUUCCACCAAAAGCUCCAACUUUAGGGUAAUUAUCAAUGAAGAGCUGCCGUUUUGCCUCCUCUCUGGGACAGUUGUGUUGAAGCCAAAUGUGAAGGAGUUCACCGAAAGUUCUGCUGUUUUUGAAGAUGGGACAACUGAAGAAAACAUUGACGUGGUGCUCUUUGCCACAGGCUACAGCUUCUCGUUUCCCUUUCUUGAAGAGUCAGUUCGCAGCCUCUUCGAUGAUAACCGUUCCCUCUAUAAACGCAUCUUCCCUCCCCAGCUGGAAAAGCCAACACUGGCCAUCAUUGGCUUAGUCCAGCUGACUGGCUCUGUGAUGGUGGGAGCAGAAAUGCAGGCUCGCUGGGUGACAGGGAUCUUUGCAGGCUGGAACAAGCUCCCUCCUGCCAGCAGGAUGAUGGCUGAUGUUUUGAAGAAGAAGCCACCAGCCAAAAGGAAUCCAUCUGAGAGGGAGAACCUGAAGAUAAGUUUUAUCAGCUACACUGAUGAAAUUGCUUCAUGUGCUGGCGUGAAGCCCAGUGUGCUGAGGCUGCUCCUGACAGACCCCUGGCUGGCCCUUGCUGUCUUCUUUGGCCCCUGCACACCCUACCAGUACCGACUGGUGGGACGGGGGAAGUGGAGCGGGGCCAGAGAUGCCAUCCUGACUCAGUGGCAGCGGACGCUGAAGCCCUUGAGAACUCGGGUGGUGGAUGACUCCUCUGACAGCUCCGAUGGCUGGUGCUGGAUGUGCCUCUUGGCCCUGCCAGUGACUCUCAUGGCAGGUUUCCUCCUUUCUAAAUACCCCCACCCAGUCUGGAGUCCCUGGGCAGGUCCCCAGCUGUAGAAGAAACCUGGUGAAACCCAGUCCCAGGCAAGCUGAGGACAGUGUGAGGCUGUGCCGCUGCCAGGUGCUGUCAACAGGGCUGGAGCUGGCCCAGUGCCGGCAGGAGCCCUGGCACUGGCUGGUGUCCAGCCUCCUCCUGCUGAUGUUUCACACCCACCAAGGGCCUUGCAGAGUGUUUACCCCAAACCUGCGGUAAUCCAUGCCUGUGUUGCACUAGCAGCAGGCUGGAUCACCAGAGGGCUUUUGGGAUAGUGCCAUUUUGGGAUGGACUGGUGUGCACUGGGCCAGCCUUCCUCCCCUCCUGCUCUGCCAGAUCUUCUUCCAUAAAAUUUCAGUGAGACCCACAGCACCUUGAGAUUUUCUGAAACACUAACUGUAGAGAUCUUCAUAUUUGUCUGCUAACUUUUGAGACAUGAAGUAGGGAGCCACAAAUAAACCUUACAGAUUUGGUCUUCUCUGA